GCGACUGACACGCACGGGGUGGCAAGAAGACAGGCAUGAUAGCCUAAUUUUCGCACAGUUCGAUCCCAAAUUUCUCGCCGCUGUUCGACAAAAGCUAAUGAUCGAGUCGGGUAUAAGGUGACACCUGUUCUAGACUGUAAUUUGCGCCUAUCACCACCAUGACCACCUACGGAGAACUCAUCAAAACCGAGUUCCCAAAGUUGGACGACGAGCUCUUUGUCUAUGUUGAUGGAAUUAUUUCUGGAGGAGCGGACGAGUUUGAAGACAGCGAUGAACUGUACGAAGCCAUUGGCCAUGUUCUAGAAGAGGUUGCUGAUGAGAAAACUGAAAGUGAAGUUCGUGAUGUCUGUGACAGAAUCUUGUUAAUUUUGAGGCCGUCUUCAACUGAAGUAAAAAAUGAAAUGCGUAUUCUGAACGCACCGGUGAACAUUGCUAGCUUAGCUGCCAACAUUGAAACGGUGGGCGAGAUGAAAAGCAUCUGGAUGAAUCAAAGGGAUGAUGGGCUCAAAGUGGAUCAAAGAAAGCUGGAGAAGGCUGAGGCAAAGUUGCAGCAAAAGCAGGAUAAAAGAUCUGGGGAGCCUACCAAGACCGUGCUGGCCAAACCAGAAAGCGCUUCUGCCUCUCAGAUGGUUAGCAAGAAGGACAACAAAAUGGACAUGAAGGGCACCAACAGGGGUCUGGACAUCAGAAUAGAAAACUUUGACAUUGCCUACGGAGACAGAGUUCUUCUGCAAGGUGCUGAUAUGGUCAUGGCAUUUGGUAGACGCUAUGGUUUGAUUGGCAGAAACGGUCUCGGCAAAACCACACUUCUCAGAAUGAUUGCGAUGGGCCAAUUGAAAAUCCCUUCGCACAUAUCUGUGUUACACGUGGAACAAGAAGUGGUUGGUGAUGACACUCCAGCCCUUGAAAGUGUUCUCCAAUGUGAUCUUGUUCGUGAAAAUCUCCUUCAACAGGAACGAGAAAUUACUGCCAAAAUUAAUUCUGGUCAUGGUGAUGAAGAACUUAAUUCUAAGUUGUCCGAGGUUUACAUCCAGCUGCAGAACAUUGAUGCUGACAAAGCGCCUGCCAGGGCAAGUGUGAUCCUAGCUGGUCUAGGCUUCACUGCCGACAAGCAGAAAAGACCCACCAAAGAGUUUUCGGGCGGGUGGCGAAUGCGUUUAGCUUUAGCAAGAGCUCUCUUCUCAAGACCUGAUUUGCUGCUACUUGAUGAGCCGACAAACAUGUUGGACAUGAAAGCGAUCAUUUGGCUUGAGAACUAUUUGCAAAACUGGCCGACAACUUUGCUGGUCGUUUCGCACGACAGGAAUUUCCUGGACACUGUUCCGACAGACAUUUUCCACUUGCACACCCAGCGAAUAGACACUUACAAGGGCAACUAUGAUAACUUCAUAAAAAUUAAAACGGAAAAAUUGAAAAACCAGCAGAGGGAGUAUGAAGCUCAAAUGGCGCACAGAUCACACAUCCAGGAGUUCAUUGACCGCUUCCGUUACAAUGCCAACCGCGCCUCCAGCGUUCAAAGCAAGAUUAAGAUGCUCGAGAAAUUACCUGAGCUGAAACCUGUGGAGAAGGAGACUGAAGUGGUGCUAAAAUUCCCAGACACUGAAAAACUGUCCCCUCCGAUUUUGCAACUCGACGAGAUCUCUUUCUGGUACGAAAAGGGCAAACCUAUUUUCGAAGGAGUCAACCUGGGAGCAACUAUGGAAUCUCGGAUAUGCAUUGUUGGUGACAAUGGUGCUGGCAAGACCACUCUCUUGAAAAUUGUCAUGGGCUUCCUGACGCCCACAAAAGGAGCCAGAAAUGUUCAUCGUAAUCUGAAAUUCGGUUACUUCAGCCAACAUCACGUUGACCAACUCGAAAUGAAGGGUUGCUCUGUUGAACUUCUUGCAUCAGAAUUCCCAGGACGGCCAACUGAGGAAUACCGACGGCAGUUGGGUAGCUUUGGCGUUUCUGGAGAUUUGGCCCUGCAAAGUAUUGAAAGUUUGUCUGGAGGUCAAAAGUCUAGGGUUGCAUUUGCCAAAAUGUGCAUGGCUUUGCCCAACUUCUUGAUUCUUGAUGAACCAACUAACCACUUGGAUAUUGAGACCAUCGAAGCUCUCGGGAAGGCGAUCAACAAGUUUACGGGAGGCAUAAUUUUGGUUUCUCACGACGAACGUUUGAUUCGCAUGGUCUGCCAAGAGCUGUGGGUUUGCGGCGGUGGCAAAAUUGUGGCCAUCGAGGGCGGUUUUGACGAGUACAGGAAAAUCAUUGAAAAGGAGCUGGAAGCUGUUGCCUAAAUUAUUAUUGAUUCUCAGUGAGAAAAAAAAAUUUAAUAAAAAUCAGAUAUCUUCAUAAAAUAGAUUAUUUUUAUCCCUCUCUUAUAAAAUUAUUUAAAUUGGAAUUA